AUUCUAAAUUUCGUAAUGUAUACUUAAACUCCUACAAAUUUUAAUAUUUUUACAGAAUACAAAAUUAACAAGUGUAAAAUAACAGUAAAUAAAUUGACAAGUAUAUUAUUGAUCUAAAGAAAAAUAUUAGCAAAUCAAAAUGUCUUCAACUGAAACAGUCAAUCCAGCAGAUAUAAUAUGUGGAUUAAAAGCCGCAGUGACGGCCUUAGAAUGUUACCACCACAUGGAUUUACUAAAACAAGCCCAAGAAAUAAAACGGGCAAAGCCAUCACCUCCACCUAUGUUCAUGAUGAUUCCCAUCGAAGAAAAAACUAAUGGAAACAAAAGAUCACGUGAUAAAUGUGAGAACAAUGUAUUAAUAGAAGUACCAACGAAAAGUGUGCAACCAAGAGUGGAAGACAAGGGUCAUGCAAACCAUAAGUCGAAAGAGGACUGUAGCCAGCUGGCACUUAAUUUGAAAUUUCCUGAAAUGAGGGGCGGAAUUUUGUUCACUAGAUGCUAUUGUGUGCAUAGAGAUGGCCUCCAAGAUUCUUGUCCAUUGACCGCGUGUCUAGGCCAUCAAGCCGAUUGCAAUACGAAGCCAUGGCCAACAUGUCCACCGGCGAAGUUUCUUCGGUGUCGAUUUCCACAACAGUUUACAACAGAGAAUAGCCAUUAAACAUCUAUAAUUUGGUGUCAAUAUUCAUAAAGCAUUAUAUUCGCAGUGAUCGGAUAGGACUACAAUCAAUUAUCAUUAGGAAAGAUGUAAAGUACAGUGAUAUAAAUACACAAAAAAAUCGAAUAUACAAUAUAAUAAAUGAUUAUCCAAAAA